GUGCGACUUUGAUAUGAGAUUCACCUCUGUAGUUGCGGGAUGCCAGGGUCGGCACAUGACACAAGGAUAUUUAAGGACACUUUGGUGAAGUAUGCAGCUAAGUUUCCACACCCGCCGAAAGGUAGGUACUAUCUUGUUGAUUCGGGUUAUCCAAAUUGUGAGGGGUAUCUAGCUCCAUACAAGUCGACUAAAUACCAUGUGCCAGAAUUUAUCCAUGGUGACCCCCCCAAUGGUAAAAAAGAAAUCUUUAACCAUGCCCAUUCGUCGCUACGCAAUGUCAUUGAGCGUGCAUUUGGUGUGUUAAAGAUGAAGUGGCAUAUUUUAUUACAUAUGCCAUCUUACCCCUGUGACAAGCAAGCUUUGAUCAUUGUUGCUUGUAUGGCACUUCAUAAUUUUAUCAGGGAUAGCCACUUGAGAGAUAAAGAGUUUGAUAGAUGUGACCGUGAUGAGUACUACAUGCCAGGGGAUCUACUACCUCCACCUACUGGUCGGGUAUCUAACAUUAUGCAUGGUGAUGAUGCUCUCAUGAAAGUAACCAGGGAGAGAAUAGCUGAUGGAUUAUUGGCAGCUACAGAUGAAGUUUAGUUUUACGCACUACUUUCGGGUUAUGGUUGAUGUACGUUUUGCAUGAUGGUUGGUAAUUGAACGUGCAUUUUGGAUGAUGGUUUCAAUUUCUUAAA